GGGGUAGCCCUCCCUGCGAGCUGGGGGUGUGGCCUCGGCGCUGGGCGGAAGUCCUGCCUCCAGGCUCCCGCAGCGGCGCGCGCUGGAAACCGAGGAGAUGCGACUGAGGCAGGCGGAGGGUCUCUGGCCGCGAGGGCGGCGGUGGCUGCUGCUCCUCGUCUUCGGGAUGGGCGGACUCCUACCGGGGCUGACGGAGGCCCCGAGCCCCGCCGGGACGCCUCCGGAGCGAGCCCGGCCUUACGCCGUUUUGCGCGGGCAGAACCUAGUGCUUAUGGGAAGCAUCUUCAGUAUCCUGUUGGUCACUAUGAUACUUAUGGCCAUUUGCGUCUACAAGCCCCUUCGACGUCGCUAACUGGAGAGCAAGUGAAUUCUGCAGACUCUUUUUGGGAACAUGAGAAGCUGGUCCAUGGGGUGCUACUGGAGCAGCUGGGAUCAUAACCCGAGUACUUGAAACCCACACAUCCUCUGAGGACCAGACAAAAGGACUGUACAGCAAGAGCUUCCACCUAUAAUCAAAUGAUUUAGAGAAACCAACUGCUAACAAGUAUUUUUUCCUCACACUGUAUAUAAAUAAUCAGACACUUAGAGAUUUUUGCUUUUGGUGUGAUUAACAGAAGACAGACCUGAAUCAUCAAGGUGUCCUUUUUUUUUUAAAAGCAAGUUUACUUUGGGUAAUAUCUGUAAAAGCCCUCUUGGAAGAGAUUAUUAUUAAUGUUCGUAGAUAUUCAUAAGAAUUUAAACUUUCUUAGGAUUCAUGUUCUGUUCAAUGAAAAUGAAAAAUGAGAACAGAUUCCUUUUUAAGCAAAGCUCAUGGUUGACCUAGUAAAACUAUGAGUGCAGAGCUUUUUUCAGGGAGCUGGUAAAACUGCGUACUUCUCUAUGCAUCAGCUUCUUGGUCCCCGACUUUGCACUUAAAAGCAGUUUCAUAAUAUGUCUAGAAAGCACUUGUGUUUAACUGGAAAGGUUAAGUGUGUUUUUGUAGGUGCUUGUCUUUGUCUUAAAGCAUUGAGACACACUUAAUAGCUAUCUGAAAAGGUCAAGAUUUAAAAGUCCCACUAGAAAAUAAGUUGUUGAGAUAGGCACUGUGAUGAUGCUCUGAAAUGAAGUAAAGCAUUUCACAUCUGGAAAGUUUUAUCUUAAAAUGGCCAUCAAGCUUUAAGCUAAAUGUAAAAUCUAAAGCUAGAGACUCAUUACGAACUGUGCCCAAAUCCCACAGAGUUCUUUUAAAGAAAGCUGGCGUUCCAGCGGGGGUCAGUCCUGGGGUGGAAGGGUGAAUAAAGGCUUCUCAAGGGCAGCUUUUCGGGUCCACUGUGUAUAGUGGAUGUGAGUGUUUACACAAACUAAAUCUUAACUCAUUGUAAAUGCUGCUAAUUAUUUUGCACUGUUAAGAAUGAACUGGAAGGUUUUUUGUUUCCUGUUUUUCAAGUAGGACAAUUCUUAUAAAUACAAAAGUAUCAUUAGUAUUUAUUUUAGAAGUACUAGAUUUAGUUGUUUUGAUUUGUCAAAAUGUUUACUUUCUGUUCUAUUCAAAUUAUAACACUGGCUUUUUGUAACCAGGGUCUGCUGUAAUGAUCUCUCAAUGUGUAUUCCCACACAUACAUUUGUACAUUAAGAUUUAGUAAUGUAUCACCUGAUGUUUUUUGCUUUGUUAUCCAUAAUAGAGAUCCAUUUAGUUGGCCAAUUUUAUGUUUUCAAGCAAAAUAGGAAUUAAACUGAAAUCCUACUUAUACUUAA